AGGGGGCGCUGGCUGUGCUCCCCCAAAAUAAGUCCGGACUCCUUUCCCCCCCAUUUCCCUUUUUUUCAUUUUGGAAAAUAGGAUGUAUUCCGCGGGGACGGAGAGCUUCUUGCGCCAGGCCAGGGAGAUCCAGGAUGAAGAACUGAGAAAAUUCAUUUCACGAAUCACAGGCUUUCUCCAAAAUCAAGACUUCGGAAAUGAGACUGUUGAUAGCUUGCAAAGACUGUUUUUGAUCGUCUCAGCCACUAAAUAUGGACGGAAGAUAGAUGGCAAAUUUCUGGAACUUCUGCAGACAGUAUUGCAUCUGCCAAAGACUCCUGAGCAAGUCCAGUUUCUUUGUGCUGCCAUCCUGAGAGAGACGUCGCUUUGUAAUGAUUUAUCUGUGUCUUGGGAUAACAUCCAGGACACCAAGCUCCUGAGCCUUGCCUUCUCCAUCGUGCUAGCCCAGGGCAGUAAAAAGGCAGCAGUGGAAGCUUUUGGGCAGCGUGUGGUGAAAGUCCUGGAAGGCAGGCUUCCUGAAGGUCAGAACGCACGGCACCUUCUCCCCCUCCUUUCAAAAAUCAUCAGCUUUCUACCGAUGAGCCUUAAUGAAGAUCAGAUCAAUCUGCUCAGCAAAAGGAUGGUGGACUGGCUGAGGUAUGCCAGCGUCCAGCAAGGAGUCCCCCAGUCCUCAGGAGGCUUCUUCAACCCUCGAGCAAGACAGCCUGGCCCCAUCAUGGAGGUGGACGGCACGGCCACCACGGACUUCUUCACUGUGCUCUCAGUCGGCCAGUAUUACACAGAGGACCAGUGGUUCAACAUGCAGGCCUUCUCCAUGCUGCGGAAGUGGCUGCUGUGCUACGGGAGCAACGGAGCUAGUAGUCCAAAUUCAGAUGAUAAAUCGGAGGUGGACGGCUCCGUCAUGUCCAUGGUCUCCGUCACCUCCACCUCCAGCCGCCUGCUCCCCCCCAAGGAGCGCUUGCGGGAAAAGGCCUUUGAGUACUGCCAGCGGCUUAUAGAGCAAAGCAACCGCCGGGCUCUGAAGAAAGCCGACAGGGAGCUUCAGAAAGCCUGCCUUAUUGAAGCCAUCACCAUCAUGGAUAUCAUUUGCAGACAGGACUCUUCCUACGUCUACCGCUCACUCUCCUGCCUGAAAAACGUGCACAGCCGGAUCAGCGGGGACCUGUCUUAUGCCAGGGUGCUGCUGCCCAUUGCCCAGUUCUUUCUGAACCACAGUGAGACGGCGGCUGUGGACUCCGAAGCUGUUUACAGGCACCUGUUCACCAGAGUUCCCGCUCAGCUUUUCCACAGCCCGAUGCUGGCCUUUGAGUUUAUCCAGUUCUGCAGGCACAACAUUCGGUUCUUCACUGAGAAACUCAGCAUCUUCCGACAGAACUUCCCAAACCUAUUCAAGUUCCUGGCAUGGAACAGCCCAGCCCUUGUCGCCGAUUAUAUGGACCUUCUGCCAGCCCUGCUUGGGACCGACACGGCUCUGGAGGUCUUCCACCUGCUGCUCGACUUGCCUUGUGUGGCAGUGGCGCUGGAUGUCCAGCUGAGGUCUGCCCUGACUCCUCUGCCUGAGAGGACUCCUGUGGACCCGGCUCUGAAGCCAGCCACCUGCCUGGAAGCUUACCGCCACCCGGACUACAGAGCCCUCUUCCAGUAUCUCCUUCGGGUCGAGUCGGCUCCCGGAGACCCGGGCAGGUUGACUCCCAUCCGCCAGCUCCUGGGAUCCAUGGCCAGUUCCCCUCGCGUGGUGCAGUGUGCGGAGAGCGUCCCUGUCUUACUGCAGCUCUACUUUGGAGUCGUAGCCGAGUUUGCAGAUGGGGCUCUUGCAAACAAGCUGGUCCUGGCAAUUCUGGAGAGGAGCGACCAGCUUUUUGGCAUCCCCGCUUUCAAGGCAGAGGUAUACAGGUGAGUGCAGACUCAUCAUCUUA